GCGAGCAAACAGCACAACAACAAUGACGAGGGUGGAUGCGGCGUGGGUUGAGGCGGAUGAGGAUGGCUUGCCCCGCAGUGAGACGUUCAGUGUGUCUGAGCGGCGGCUGGGCCCAAAUGGAACGGCUGUCAUGUCCUGGUGCCCUCGCAUGGACCUCUUGGCCAUCGGAACUGCAGCAGGCAGGGUGUGCUUGUAUAGGCACAUCUGGCAGCGGGUCUGGACGGUGCCACCCGUCGAGGACGGUGUUGCUGUCACGCACCUUCACUGGCGUGAAGACGGCAAAGUGUUGUUGGUGGCGUACGGGAAUCAAACCGCCAGGCUGUACGAUGUGGAAAAGCCAACUCUACUUCACACCCUAUCUCUGGACGGGAACGUUACCUGCUGCGACUGGCGAACACACCAGAUCAACGUACGUGACGAGAACGGCAGCAGAAACAGCAGCGGUCGCACACAGCAGGACGAACCUCCUCUGCGCAUGCUGAAGCCAGACAGAGCGCCGUUGACCCUGCGCCGCUUUGCACCAAAAUUUGAGGUGCCAUCAACGGUUGAGGGCGAAGAGUUUGUGGAUGACACCGACCCCGCCGCGGCCACAGAUUCGACAUUCAAUCUCCUCGCUGUGGGCACAGACGCCGGAGUUGUGCUGCUGUUUGGUUGCGGUUUUGUGCUCCUUGGUCACUUCAAUUGCUCGGAAACAGAUCGCGGAAACAUUCGAGGUUUGUCGCUGUCGUUUGAAUCUGCAUCUCUGGCCAUCACCCACGACGGCGCAGACAACAACAUCGUCACCCAACAGGUGUCACUCGAGGGUGUGUGCAGCAACGUAGAGGAGAUGCUCAGCUUCUGCGUCGUGCAACGUUCUUGUUCUGCGACUAUCAAGUAUCUGGAGUGCACACUGGAGUGCAUGAAGGCCACCUGGCACUCGUUUCUGCUUGACCUCGACGACAGGUUCUCCGCCUUCCUCAGGGACACCGCGCCUGGGGUGAAGCUGCACGAUGAGCUUCUAGUUCUCCUCGUCACGGGAACAACGCAGAGCCUUGAGCUGCAGGCGUUUCUGACGCGGGAGCUUGGGCGGCGGUCGCUGCAGAAUAUGGUCACCGAACUCAGGGACUCCUUCAUUUCCCUGGAGGAGGGGUGCACGGAGGAGGCAUUGUGGCAGGUUGUCAAGGGCACCGUGGAGACGCCCGCGCCGUCCAAGUUCGAUGUGGCGGCUGCACUCAUGUUGCUCGAAGACGAGGGUGCAGUUGUGUGCGAUGAAGGCACAGGCAUGUACAAGCUGAACUGCCCGGCGGGCGAUGCGAACUUGAAAGAGGUUGAGAGGGUGGUGGGCACGUUGGGACGCCACGUGCUGGAACAAUCACUCGUCGACUGCCUUCCUCCACUACAGACUGGGCUGCAAGACGUGUUGACGGAGAAGCAGACGCAAGUUAAUGCGCAUCUGCAAACCCUCUCCUCCCAUCCUCUGGGCAGCAGCACAGAAGUGCACCGCGUGCUGCUACUCUCUGCAACGCAACACGAUGUUGUCGUUCUCGAACAAAGCGGCAGCGAUGAUCUUCGCGCUGCACGUCUGCAGUUUGGCGACGACAUUGCGGUUUUGGCGGCGCAACUCUAUGACGACGAUCAAGUGGCAGCUGUGAUUCAGCUUCGCCAACAGGACCUUGUCUUCUGUCUCUUUGAGUACGCGGAGCAUCUGGAAGCCAUCACCGCUGACGACCUUCAAGGCCUCGACUCCCUCGACAUUGCAUCACUCGAUGACGUGUCAUUCCGACGCCUGACGACGUUGCCGUCACCGUCGGUGUCGCUCGCAGUCGGUGCCGGUCGCCAACUUGGUGCCGUCUGCUCAUCCAGGGAGCACUUUGUGGUGCUUGAUCUUGGCGCUGACGAUGAAGACGAUGACGACGAUGAGGAGGAGGACGAAGAAGGCGAUGAGUCCGAAUCUGACGAGUAG